UUGGAAGUUGCCAGUUCAUCCCCUUCAAAUUUGGAAAAUGAGGGCCCUGGACAUUUUGUGGAUUUUGGAUUUUUUGCUUUUUUGUUGGAAAUUAUCUUUAGCUGCGCCGUUGCGUUUUACAUGGUCUCAACCUAUCGACUGGAAGGACAUUUAUACGGCAAAGCAAUAUCUUGACAAGUAUUACAGUGACCGAGGGCCGGUGCGAGUGGCUGAGAUGGUGGCGGACGAUGUCUCUAUGUCGAGAAAGAUUAGAAAAAUGCAAAAGUUUUAUGGCCUUCAGGUUACCGGCAAGUUGGAUCAAUCUACACUCGCAGUCAUGAAGAAGCCACGCUGUGGGAUGCCAGACUUGGCCAAUUAUCACGUCUUUCCUGGAGAGCCUAAAUGGCAAAAAAGUACUUUGACUUACAGGAUUACAAAGUACACCACUAGCCUUAGUGCACAAGAUGUUGAUAGAGCUGUGGAGCUGGGGUUAAAAGCAUGGAGUGCUGCGGCCCCUCUGAAUUUUGUCAAAACAACUCAAGGAGAAGCUGACAUCAUGAUUUCCUUUGAAUCUGGAGAUCAUGGAGAUUCUUAUCCUUUUGAUGGUCCCCGGGGAACUCUGGCUCAUGCGUUUGCUCCAGGUGAAGGAUUAGGGGGCGAUACUCAUUUUGACAACGCUGAGAGGUGGACAACAGGAAAAAAUGGGUUUAACCUUUUUACCGUAGCUGCUCAUGAAUUUGGCCACGCGUUAGGUCUUGGACAUUCAAGUGAUCCUUCAGCUUUGAUGUACCCAACAUAUAGAUACCAACAUCCCGUUGGAUUCCAGCUGCCACAAGACGAUGUCAAAGGGAUCCAAGCUUUGUAUGGAACCAAGGGAACUGGGAAAGAAAAGCCUGCAGGACCUCAGCAACCAUCAAAUAAUCCAGAUCAGUGCGACCCAAAUCUAUCUUUUGAUGCUGUUACCGUUCUAGGAAAUGAACUUUUGUUGUUCAAGGAGAGGUCUUUCUGGAGGAGACACGCCCAACUUGCCAACAUCUGGCCAAGCCCAAUCGCAAGCUCCUUCCCACAGUUGAUGUCCAACGUUGAUGCUGCCUAUGAAGUUGCAGAACGAGGGACAGCAUAUUUUUUUAAAGGACCUCAUUACUGGACAACAAGAGGAUUACAAACUCAAGGACUCCCAAGGACCAUUUAUGACUUUGGUUUUCCAAGACACGUACAGAAAAUAGAUGCCGCUGUUCACUUAAAGAACUCCAGAAAAACUCUCUUCUUUGUUGGUGAUGAUUAUUACAGUUACGAUGAAACAAGAAGGGCAAUGGAGGAUGAUUACCCAAAGAGUAUUGAUGAUGAAUUCCCAGGUGUGGAAGGAAAUAUUGAUGCAGCAGUUGAAGUUAAUGGAUUUAUUUACUUUUUCUCUGGUCCAAAGGCUUAUAAGUACGACACUGAAAAAGAGGACGUGGUUAAUAUUGUGAAAUCUAGUUCUUGGAUCGGAUGCUAAAAAAGUUCUCUGAAAAUUGUUACAAUCACCUCAGGAUCAUGAGGAAACUGGGUUUUGACAUCAACGCAAGAAGAAUUAAAAUCUUGAAAACACUAAA